AUAUUCUCUUUGUCCGUUUGUUUCUUAUUGGUUUGGAAUAGAAAUUAAAAAGGUCGAAUAAUUAUUUUAAUUAUAAGCCGUUAUUAUUGCAAAAAUAAUCAUCAAACCCAGGGUUUCUGACAGAGAAGUGAGAACUUAAACUAAAAAGUUAUAAUCAUGACUGCACAGGGUAAUAAUGAAUACCCGAAGGCUUCCAAUGCAACCCUAAUUGGAGCAAGUAUAACAUAUAUAGCAGGAUUGUUUCUGCUAUUGUCUUUUGCGGGACCUUAUUGGAUAGAGUCUUAUCCAGAGAUGUUCUCUUCAUUCAAGCAUAUGGGUCUUUGGGAGUAUUGCUUUGAACGUUUCAGAUUUCCGUCCUAUCAGUAUGACAAAUAUUUUCAUGGAUGCCAUUAUAUUUUUAGUCAAGAGCUGUAUGUUAUCCGGGAAUGGCUGCUGCCGGGUUGGCUGAUGGCAGUGCAGACAUUUGUGACUCUUGGACUGAUAAUGUCAUUCAUGGCCCAAGUUCUGCUGGCCUGUGUGAUUGUGCGGAUGCCACUCCGCACUGUUUUGAGAUAUGAAUGGAUCUUUGUUUCUUUCUCCUUCAUAAUGGUGGCAUUAUCAAGUGUAUUCCUGUUUUUGGCUGUGGCUAUAUUCGGAGGCAACUGCUACCGCCGUGAUUGGCUCCUGUAUCCUUCUUUUAAUGUUUUAUCGUGGUCAUAUGUAUUUGCUGUUAUUGCCUGCAUAUUGUUUGGUUUGGCAGCAGUCCUGCUGUUCCUGGAGGCGCGCAAGUUGUUCGAGAUGCGCUUGGAGGCGAAGAACCUCGUGGCUCAGAUGCAGCACAGCCAGCCCGAGCACGCGCUGCAUCAGCUACGCCACCAGCUGCACCAACAGCAGCAAAUCGGUUACUUCAGGAAUUAAUUACUUUUUUGGCGCACCAUAUGCUACUUACAGAGGUCGUCGUACCCUACGAUUCCAUUAGCCUAACAAACAAAGACCAUCGGAGUGAUUCACUUACUCGAUGAUCAACACUGAUUAAGCCACCAAGCUUGUUUAACAUUUAUUUUUAAUCCAUAGAAGGUUUUUGACUGAAAAUUAUUUUAAAAAUCACCAACCAUUGUCAAAUGAGCUCGGUGGAUAUCAGUCAGUGUUUAUCACUGAGUUUGCGUUCCCACUCCCCCAAUCCCACUGGUUAAAAGACAAAAUUUGUUGUGUAUACAUACUCAAUACUAGCCUGUACAGUGUACAUCCGAUUAGUUUAACAUUAACAAUGCAUUUAAAACAAUGGUUUAAUCACACCAUAUUUGUAAUUAGUGCAUUUUAUCAGUAAGACUGAUUUUUUAACUGAGUUUUAACAAGUUCAAUACAAAACUUUGAAAAUGUCCAAUUGAGUACACUGUUUUAUUAAUAUUCGAUUUUGUUAAUAUAAAAAAGGCUGUGGGGCAGACCACAUAGUUAUUUAAUGAGUUUAUAUAGUGUAAUUUUUGCUUCGCAAUGUUCUAUGAGACCCCGUUUAAGACGUAAGUAUUGUCAGGGUUUUAAUUUACAAUAGAUUUCAAGCUAUAUCACACAAAUUAAAAUUACCUACUGUGAUUAAAUUUUACACACUUCAUUAGAUUCAAUAAUAAUAAUGAUACCAAAUAGUUAUUAUAUUAAUGCAAUGGUAAAUAUUGACCUUAAUAAUUUGAUUUGAUGAUUUGAGCUUGUAAAAUAUUACCAAAUUUUGAUUAUGUAGGUAUGAACUACAAACUAACUGAAAAAAAAUCCAUCUCUGAAUCAAUAAAAGACAAUCUAGUAUUAUUUUUGUACUAAUGAGAAUUUUAGCAUUAAGAUAUUCAUUUGAAUGUAUUUAUAAGUAUACAUACCGUAUGUAAUAUUUUUGUAUUUACUGAUGUCCUAAAAGGCGAAAAAAAGAAUAACUUAAAAAAAUAUUUUUGAAUCUCAUUUUGAAAUAUUUCCGUCCAAAAAAACGAAACAUUCAACUAAAAGUUGAUAGCAACUCUCUUACUCUUUAGUCUUUAGGUAUUGCAUUGAAGAUGCAUUUGGAAACUCUUCUAUUUUAUAUAAUAUUUUACCUUACUUCUGGCUUUACUGGUAGUAAGUAGCCACAGAUGUGCCUCCUACCAGACAAACUAUAACUAGUCACUCUAGUUUUUUUAACUGUUUUCUCACAAAUGUAUUGAUGGACGUUGUAUGAUACACGGGAGUUAUGGUUAAUACCAACUUGCAACGAUGGAAACUCUCGCCUACAGCUCGGGCUUAUAACCGCAGCUCGUUUCCAAUAACCUACUUCCCGCCCUUGGAUCAAAAUGCACUAUGGCAGACAAAAUAUCUUAAACACACGUCUUAAUAUAAUCUUUGAAAUGCAAAUAAUAAUUAUUAUUAUUACUCUCCAGAUUCCUAUUAAGUAUUUUUAAAGAAUUUAGAAUUGUAUAAAACACUUCACACCGAUAUUAAAAUCACGUAAUAAUUAAAGUUGGCAAUUAACGAACUACUUAACUGCACGAGUGCAUUAUAUGCUAAUUGCGUGAGUAAUUCUACAAAUAAGGAUGUAGGUACUUAUAUAUAUUUUUCUAUCACUUAAGCGAUUUUUACAAAAAAAAACCUAUUUAUUGGCAAUUUUCAGACAGUUUAUUUAUGUGUUGUUUAUGUGCCACAUGAUUAUUAUUUAUUUAAAAGAUACUUUUCAGUUUUAGUUUUUUUAUAUUUAAACUUAGUAAAUAGAUAUUAUGGUAGUAAUAGUAGGUAUUAUAGUGUCUGAGUUUAUUCAUAAUAUUAUGUUUUUUAGUUAAGUACGUAUAUUAUCUUAAUUAAUAUAGUAGAUUUUUCCGUGGGUUGUAUUUCAAGACUUGUUUAUUUUGGUGAUUUCAUGUAUUUAAUUAAAGGCCAUAAAACAUUAUUCUAACUAAUAAUAUGUUCAAUAUUAAAUAUUUUAUUAUUGAAUGAGUUGCUAUUGAUAUGAAAUUUAUAUUUUUUAACAGUCAUCAAAAUUGCACUUUAAUUUAAGAUGUUUAAGAUUUUCAUCAAUAAAGGUAUAUUUUUAUAUCUAA